UUAUCAUCCAUCAUAAUCAAACCUAAUUCAGCUGGGAGACAGGCCAGAGAGAUGAGAAACAAAAAUAAAAUAAAUAAAAGAGCAAAUUUCUCUCUUAUUUUUCCAGUACUCCGUCACUCUCUCACUCUCUCACUCUCUCACUCUCUCUCUCUCUCUCUCUUUUAUUCACUUCUCUUCUUCAAUAAUUUUCCCACACACAUUUCCCUCUUUCAUGGACCUCUCGCCCUCCCCCCUCAUUCCACCUCCCUUCUACUAAACCCCCAACUCCAAACUAAUCAUUCCAUUCCUCAAUCAAUUCUUCCAUUUCAUGUAUGACCUUCUAUUCCUCUAGUUCUUCACCCUCACCGCGACGGUCAUGCGCUCCCCUCAGUCACUCCGCAACGGCGGCGUCGGCGGUGGUGGUACACCAUCUCCUCACGCACGUAUUCCUACUCCUCACCAUCACUUUCACUCCACUGUCUCCGUUCAGAAACUCAAACGCUUCAACUCUCUCAUCCUCGUCUUCCGUUUAUCUACCUUCUGUUUCUCCCUCGCUUCUGCUGUUUUCAUGAUUACUAACUCUCGUGGCUCUGGAUCCGAUUCCCCUCGCUGGUACGAUUUCGACGCCUUCAGGUAUGUUUUCGCGGCGAACGCCAUAGUUGCAGUUUACUCAUUGUUUGAAAUGAUCGCUUCCGUGUGGGAAAUCUCAAGAGAAGUGACUUUAUUCCCUGAGAUUUUGCAAGUUUGGUUCGAUUUCGGCCAUGACCAGGCGUUCGCGUACCUUCUUCUGUCUGCAGACUCGGCAGGGACGGCUCUUGCCAUAACUUUGAAGGGAACCGACACGUGUAAGGUAACGAGUGCAUUUUGUGUUCAAUCUACCAUCUCCAUUGCCCUGGGAUUUGCCGGUUUCCUGUUUCUCGGGUUAUCCUCUUUGCUUUCGGGUUUUCGGGUCGUUUGUUUUGUUAUCAACGGCUCUCGUUUUCAUUUCUAAACACAUCCUACCGCGGAAUAAUUUGAUUUCGCUACUUAUAUCUAAUGGUCCUUUCAUCUUUUUUUUUUCUUUUCCCUUUCAAUUUGGUCCUUAAUUUAUAUAUUUUCAAUUUUUUUAAUUAAAUCAUAAAUUUAUAUUACAAGUUUAUCCCCAUGAAUUUUACGGUUUGUUGUUGAUACGAUCUUCGAAAAGUCUUUAGUGUGAAAUAGCGUUGGGAUUCAGUAUAUUUAGUUUUUUUAAAAACGCAUUUUUCUAUCAUGUGUGAUUUUGAAUUUUGUCUAAUUAAUCCUAAACUCUUUGGUAAUUUUAAAAAGAUCGCAGAAGUCAGGAAUGUAUUUGGAACGAAAUUGAAAUUAACAUAUCUACAGCCUUCCAAGCUGAAAGUCCUCAAAGUAUAUGUACUUAUGAGAUAUUUUCCAAGGUUCAAUAGCUAAUCAGGAGUAUACUGUAAAAUUUAGGGAUUAAACUUCGUUGAUAAAAGGACGAUAGAAAGAAAUUAUUUAAUUGAAAAUUUUGAAAAAUUAAGGAUCCAAUUGAAAGUUUACACAAAAAAGAUUUUGGACCAUUUGAUAUGUUUGGCCAUUGGAAUACCUGUUCUUCACUGUUUAUUCCGCUGUCGGUUCUUUCUUUUCUUUGUAGGCUGUACUAUUGUGUUGUUUUCUACAGAAACGACAUGUCGUUUCUGGCCUCAUUUUUAACAUUUGGGUAAUUCUUUUGUGCAUAGUCAAUAGACUCAUAGUAUUAGUAGCUCCCCUGUGUAGGAAUUUUUUUUCCAGGUUUACGAUAGAGAAUAAAGUUCAUUUAUUUGUUGAA